AUGAGCGAGUCAAGCAUUCAGGGAAACGAACUGUUCAACGAUGACGAUGAGGAGGAAGUAAAGGGAGGCGAAAGCUCCCCCCGCAAAGGGGGACGUGAGGAGGAGCAAACUGUGGCUGGCGCUGAUGACGAUGUUGAUGACCAUGCUGAUGACGACCCCAUCAAAGGGGGAGCGCGCAAGAAACGGAAAAAGGCGCAAAACCAUACCACUCCGUACGUGGAUAACGAAGCGGAGGAGGAUGAUUAUGAUGAUGAAGAAGAAGAAGACGAAGGGGACGAUGAUGAAGGGGACGAUGAUGAAGGCGACGGAGAUGACGACGAUGGAGACGCGGAAUACAGAGAAAGAAAGGCAAGCCGCAAGGGGGGGAAUGGGCUGAAGAAAAGGAAGCUGUCAAAGAAGAGGUACCUGUCAACCUUUCUGGACACAGAGGCACAAGUGGGCGACGAUGAGGAGGAGGAAGAAUACGCCAGCUCCUACGUAGAAGAGUACGAAGAAGCGAAGAAGUUGGAGAAGAAAAAAAUGUACGAAACGAAGAUGAAGAGUGGGACGAAUCACCUAGCGCAGACGAUUAACAAGCUAUCGCAACGGUACGAAAAUGAGAAGGAAAUAAAAGAUAGCCUUACGGAUGGGGAGACACUAACCGAUGAGGACAUAUCCGGAGAUGAGGACGAGUACUUCGACGAAGGAGAAGGCCUGACCACAUUUGACAGCCCCAAAAUGUGGCUAAUAAAAUUGUUCAAAAAUGGAGUGGAAAGAAAUAUAGCCAUGGGAAUUUACUACAAGUAUAUGAAAUUAAAAGACAACGAUUUUAACAUUAAGGGGGUGUACGUCUCGGACAAUCUCAAAGGAUACAUCUAUGUCGAGGCGGAUAGCCUGUAUAUGUUAAAAAGGUUCCUCUUUGGGUUCAAAUUUAUUAACCUAAAUGAAAUUACCAUUGUACCAGUGCAGGAGCUAACGUCCAUUUUUUCCAUGUGCCACUCCAAAGUUAUCAUCCCAAAGGUAAAUGAAUAUGUGCGAAUUAAGAGAGGUGUCUACAUGAAUGAUAUAGGCCAGAUAUUUGAGGUGCACGAGAAGGGCAUUUAUGCCAUCGUUAGGUUAAUCCCAAGAAUCCAGUAUGAUAAGUAUAACCAUUUUAAGAAGGGAAACUACCGCUUAAGUUUGACUGCCUCCAUGAGUAAGGGACGCUCAUCCACGUUCGAUGAACACAAUGGGAAGAGUGAGUCGUACUACUUGGCGGAUAAGUUCGAUUUGAGUAAUCACGGCAGGGCUAUUAUCCCCACAGGGGGGGUGGGAGAUGGCAGAAGUGCCCCAACACCAAAUGACCAUCUCGAAAUGUUAGACGAAGCGCUACAAAUUAAGAGGAAGAAAAAAAAAGAGAGACCAUUAAAAAAGCUAUUUGAUAGAGACGAAAUCGAACAAAUAGGAGGCGUCAUUGAACAUGGACCUUACCCAAGAACGAUAAAAUAUCAAAACAAUAUUUUUGAAGAAAAUGGAUAUCUGUUAAAAAAAAUGAACAUAAAAUAUCUCCUAUCCGAAAAUGCUAACAUUACCUUGACGGAAAUUCGAGACUUCAAUAAAAAUAACACCAACGAGGAGGACAUUAACCUCCACGUGACCAAAUCUUUUAUUAAUAAAAACUCGCUACACCUGUUUAAGAAGGGGGAGAGGGUGAAAAUCAUGAAGGGAGAAUUGUAUAACCUCAUAGGGACCAUAUCAAAUGUGAGUGAUAAUGUGUUAACAAUCAACCCGGAUAAUUUGGCUAAAAAUUUUAAGUUCCUCCCAAGUGAUGUGACAAAGUAUUUCCUCGAGGGGGAUAACGUGACGGUUAUUAAUGGAAUUCAUAAAGGGAAGAGUGGACUAAUCUCUUUACUCGAUUAUAAAGAAAAUGUUGCACUUAUCUUUUCUCCUUCUUUGAAUACCGAAUUUCGUUCUUCCAUCCAAGACCUCUCUGCCUGUCAGCAUAGCACCAGUGAAGGGCUCGGUGGAAUAAACUCCCUUAACGGCUUCUCCAUCGGGGACCUAAUAGAACUUAGUGAUAGGCAGAUUGGCAUACUAACAUACAUCGACAAGAAUAAACACAUUCGUGUCCUAACAAGCCAUAACACAACUCUGCACACUACCAUUGGAACCAUCACAUCCAAACGAUCAGCGGUGGGCCAAGUGUGCAAAGAUGAGAAUGGAAAUAUUAUCCAGGCCAAAGAUGUCAUACAGGUCGUCCGAGGGAUUCACAAAAAUAAAAUUGCCGUGGUGAACUAUAUCUGGAAGAAUAAAGUGUUUGCUAAAAUUAACAAGAAGAUUGAGGACAACGGGUUUGUCGUCCUGGACAAUGAGAACUGCAUCCUCACGGGGAACCAAAAUGAAAAGAAAAAAAUUGUCACUUAUAAUAACCUCUUCAGGACGAACAGCAGUAUGAUGCUCCCCAGACGGAAUAAUACGUACCAGUCCUUCAUUGGAAAAACGGUGAAAAUAUUAAGUGGCGUUUAUAAGGGCCUCCUCGGAGAUGUCAUAGAUGCCGAACGGGACGAGUUCACUCUCCUCUUGAAGAUCAAGCCGAAGACCAUAAGGCAGAAAAGAAGCGAAUGCGCCAUUGCCGACUCCUUCAGGGAUCAUUACAACGAACGGGCGGGUAACAACGGUCUAGGGGGGGCACUCGGGCUAAGGGAAGGGAUGGAUACGUCCCCGAGGUGGAGAAACAGGAGUGACAGAAGCCCCAGACACGACCGCACCGGGUACGAGUCGUCGCUCUACGGCGAAAGCGCGAGGAAGGGCGCCGACUGGCGCAGAAACGAGUUAGGGGGCAGGAACGAUGGGCACAGGGGCUCGUACGGCGGCUCGUACAGGGGCAACUGCGAUGAGGAACCCUGGAAGGGAAGUCACCCCCCGCCUGGGGGGGACGCCCCCGGCCACGAUCCAGUCGCGGGCGUUGCACAUGGUGCAAAUGGUACAGAUGCCACAAAUGCCGCUAACGCCGCGCCGUGGAACCAACCGAACAGGUGGAAAGGAACGAAUAGCAGCCUCCAGCCCCCGCCCCCUCCAUUGCCGCACAGCAGGAAUGAAAGCGGCGGGGGCUUUCGAGUGGAGAACGAUUCGCUUCGUCCCCAUGACCAGAAAAGCUUCGAAGGAAAAUGGAUCCGGACGUCACACGAAAAUCACCCAAACGGUAACACCAGUUAUAACUACAAUCAUCACAAUGGGCGAGCAACUGAUCCGAUGAAUUUUAACGAAUCACAUAGCAGGGAAGAAGGAGUGAAUGAGGAUGGCAAGAAAAGUGUCACCAGAAAGAACAACACGGCGGAAGAAUUCGUCAAUGGACAGUACGAAACAGGACCGGUUUCCCACAAUUUGAAUGCCGACCAAAGAUAUGACGAUAGCAUGAGAAGAGGCGGUAAAGAUAGCACCUCCAAGGGGAUAGGAAAAUGGGAUGAUGUCAAAGGCGGCAGUGGUGGUAUCAAUGGUGGCAUCACUGGCGGAAUCACUGCUGGCAUCAAUGGCGGGGUGAGCAACUCUGGCUCUGCCAAUGUGUCUAAUUUCUUCGACACGUAUGGAGACAAGAACAAUGAAGGGAAAGUGUCUCCACUCUGGCUAGUCAAAGGGAUUAUGAUAAAGGUUAUUACCCCGGGGCCCUUUUACAACGAAAUUGGGACAGUCACAGAUGUGAUGAAGAAGAGCUUGUAUACCAUACUAAAAAUAGCAACCGAGAAAGCGUCCUUUAGCAUCGUGUCCGAUGCUGUGAUUCCUUUGAAGCCAAACAAAAUAAACGACCAAGUGCUCGUCGUGGAUGAGGACAAGGUCGUGGAGGGAGCUGUUCUGGAUAUGCAGAAUGAUAACGUCCAGGUGAAUACCGCCCAGGGCGUAUUUACCUACCACAUGAGGCAUGUUUUUUUGUUUAAAAGGUAG